AUGUGGAUAUUUGGUUACGGUUCGUUGUUGUGGUAUACUGACUUCCCUUAUACUGAAGUUUUGCCCGGUAUUGUACACGGUUACUCUCGUCGCUUUUGGCAGUUCAGCCCCGAUCAUCGUGGUACGCCAGAAAAUCCUGGUAACACCGUAACCUUAGUUCGUGAUCCAGACGGCUCUUGUUGGGGACUAGCGUACCGUGUUCCUGACGAACAUGUUGAGGACACUGUUCAGUAUUUAAAUGUUCGUGAGCAGGCUGGAUAUGAGUGUAAGCAAGUUGAGUUUCAACCGGACGAUGGUCGUAAUUCUUUUCUGAUAAAUGUAUAUAUUGCAAAACUGGAAUCUAAUCCGUACUACAAAGGACCGCUGGAAAACGACUCCAUUGUUACUACGAUCCUCCAUUCUCGCGGUAAAAGUGGUUCAAACUUGGAAUAUGCUUUGAGAUUAGCGGAUUGUGUACAUCGGUUAGCUCCACACAUUAAUGAUAAACAUCUUUUCGAUAUUGAAAAGGCUUUAUUGGAAAAAUGUCGUCUUUUGAAUAUUCAAGAUGAUGUUUUUUCUUUGCUGAAUCAUAAAAACGGCUCGGACAACCAACAAUUAUUACAGUAA